AUUCCACCUCACCUCUCCAUAAUUCUCAUUCCCCAGUCCCGUAGCUAUAUCCAUAUAGCCAAACACAUCACCGACCACCACCAUGUCCACUCCGUCCCCCCUCCUCCGCCUCAUCCAAACCGUGACCACCAAAUCCCGAACCAACGCGCCCCUCCACCCCAAACGCUACAACCUCCAAGUCUCCUGCCACGUAAAGCCCAACGCCUCAAAUAACCGCGAAGGCAUCACAGCCAUUGGACCCGACCGGGUAGACGUCUGCGUCGCCGCCGUCCCCAGAAAGGGCGAGGCAAAUGCAGCCGUCUCGCGUGUGUUGGCGCAGGUCUUUCAGGUUCCUAAAUCUAAUGUAGAAGUCAUCCGCGGCUUGAAGUCCCGAGAAAAGACCCUCGCCAUCACCGACCUCGAUAUCGGGUCGCAAAGCGAGGAUGAGUUUCUUCGACAAGCGCGGGGGAUUUUGGAAGCGGCAGUUAUGCCGAAAUGA